GAGUUUUUCAGAAGAGCAAAGUCAUAAACGUCCUCAUGACGGAUGUGAUGCGAGUUUUGACAAUCGCGAUGAAUAUAGAAAACGCAAGAAAACGCCCGACCAACCAUUUAUUUGCAAACGCAAACGACCCGAUUGUGGGCCAACGUCAUCGUUUCCUUCUCGCAAUGAAACACGCCAACCUAAAUUUCAAUGCGAAAACUGCAAGGAAUUUUUCUGCAGCAAGGGCUAUUUGAAAACACACAUGAAGCGAUGCUUAAUAACUUCUAAAAAGCGAACUCAUGAGUGUCAACUUGUCGGAUGUACUUUUCACACGAACAGUCUCAAAGAAUAUAGAGCACACAGGAAAACGCACGAGGAACCACUUAUUUACGAAUGCAAAGAACCCAAUUGUGACCAAAAGUUCAAUUGUAGCUCAUCACUUUGCUUUCACAAGGAAAAACAUCAACCUAAACCUCAGUGCGAAAAUUGCAACAGAUCCUACGGCAGCAAGCGCAGCUUGAAAAGACACAUGAAAGCAUGCCUCGGAACUUCUUGUUAG